AUGGAUCGCUUGAAGCGUCAGUCUAUUGAUAGACGGCGUGCAAAGUUGCAAGAUAUUGCCCGCUCUAGAAGAAGAAAGCUUGCCCUUUUAUAUUGUGUUUCCAAUUUUCCUUAUAGACCGUUGAAAGAUCUUGAGAUUGAGAAGGUUUCUAGCUAUUUACAAUAUUUUAUCGAUGAUCAUAAUAUUGGUAAAAAUGAGCAGAUCACCGAUCAAGUGAUCUUGAGGGAUCAAGAUGUCCUUCAUUCUCUACUAAGUGACAACAGUUUUGCCAAAGCGGAUAUGUCUUCAUCAACACAAACCACAGGGAAUAAUAGUAACGCGAAUAGCUUCAAGCAGGAGGAGCCAGGUACUCUUUUAGAUAGUCAACGUAAUGAAAAGGCUCUAAGGAAAGAAUCUAGAGUAGACGGAUCGGUUAGGCCCAUUCAAACAAUCAGCGCGAAUAAUGAUGAGCAACUACUACAAAAUAAUCAGCCAAUAACAGAAAGUAGAGGUAAUAAUGGUAGUGACAAUAAUGUUAGUGACAUUCGUGAUGGACAGCAAGGGUCGGAGAAUAAUAAGACAUUUAACAAUCUGUGCAAAAGAAAGAUUGAUGAAGUAUCAGCUGGAAUAGUCAAACACGAAAAUAAAAAAUCUAGAAAAUUCACGAAACCAAUGCCCCAUGAAGCAUCAUCGUUUGAGCUAUAUAAACUCCUACAUGCUCAAUCUGUGAUUGAAAAAGAAAAGAAAGGGUUUGGUAAUUCUGCCAAUGAAACGAUAGAUUCUGAAAGACUCAUUUACAUGUUAUUGAAUGAGAAUUUGCCAACCAAAAUAAGCAAAACUAUGCCAUUAUCUAAGUUGUUCUAUUACUCAAGAAGUCUACAGAUGGUAAAGUUAUUGGUAAAUUCACAUAAAGUUCUUACAACAGAUCUAUUUGAAAGCUCGUUUUUAGAAGGGAAGAUUUCUGUGGUCCACUCAAGAAUCGAAGAGUUACAAAAGCAAGGUAAGUGGUGUUUGAAACAACCUAGAAGAUUUAUUGAUCCGUUCAAACAAAUGCCAUUGAAUGGUUCAAAUUCUGCACGAAAUCACUGGGACAAUCUAAUUCAAGAAGGUGUCUGGAUGGCAAAUGACUUCAAGGAAGGCAGGAAAUAUAAGAUUGCAACCUGUUUGUUCUUAGCAAAUGCUGUGAUGGAGUACCAUAAGUAUGGAAAAGAUGUUUGCAUCAGGAGAAAACCGAUCAGGUUCCUUGAUCCUGAAGAGCAAAAAACUGCUGAAAUUGAAGACUCUGGCACCAUUCAGCAAGACCAAAUUGAAGCUGAGGAUGAAAAAAUGGAUGGCUUCGGAGAAAUGGAUGGCUUCGAAGAAAUGAAUGGGUUUGAGGAAUUUAUUAGUAAUGAUGUUAUCGGUAUUGAAAGCCCAAUGGAAGAAAAUCAUAUGGAGGAGGAGAAUUUGCAGGAGAUUCCAAAAGAAAAUAAACAAGAAAAUCAUUCUGAAUCUAUUGAUACUUCCCUUCUAGUUAAGGGUCCAAAUAACGAAAUUCAAGACAUGGAUAUCAAAGAUCCUAAGGAGGUUUUAUUAUCAACUCAACCAAGUUAUGCUGUCCCAGAGCAUCAAACAGAGUUCCCAUUCAGACUUACAUUGGAAGAAGACUCUGUAUUAGGAGUGAAUAAAUCCAUUCUCGAUAGUAUGAAUGAAUAUACUGCCUUUGGUAAUUUAGAAAACUUCUCUGAUGAUUUAUAUUGCAAUGUCCCAGGUAAUGAAUUUAAUACCACUCCAAUGGUGCCUAUUUCUAAGUUACUAUUACCAUUUGAAAAUGACCAAAAUUGGUACAAAGUGGUCGAAAAGGUAAAGCGCGAGGAUGAAGAAGAAUAUGGUGUUUCAGAUGGUAGAACAGAAGGUCUAUUUGCUACUGGAAGUGCUUACUCCAGGAGACUGAAUACAGUGAGACCUCCAAUGCCGCCUCCGUUAAAGUAUCUUGAUAUGAGAACUCCUACCAUUUGGCUUCCCGAAGAUGAUAAACUUUUGAUAGGUUACGCAAACAAGUUUUCUUUCAAUUGGAAUAUUAUCUCCUCACAUUUGGGUGCUAAAAGGACUAAGACUUAUAUUUCUAACAUUGAAAGAAGGACCCCUUGGCAAUGCUUUGAAAGGUAUAUUCAACUAACUGAUAAGUUUCAGUUUACUGAUAUGAGAGGGCCCUAUGCCCAAUCGGCACAAAUUUGGUUAGAAGCUGCACAUAAGGCUCAAACGACCACAAAGCGUCGUAUAUUGCCUCUUGGUGUUGGAAAGGAAUCCAUUCAAAGAGGUCAUACCAGAUUGAGAUGGGCUAGCAUGUUUGAGGCGAUCAAGAGAACCAUGAAAAAGAGAGAAACUGCACCAAAACCAAGUAACUCCAGCACCUUUAAAAAACAAAUGAGCGCUGAAGAUAAAUCCAAGAUUUUACUGCCUGCUGAUUUAGCUAGUAUGAAAUAUGAAAGAGAACGUUCUGCUAGAGAAAUACUAAUGGCCAGGGCUAAUGCUAAUAGAAGUACAAAAAGCAGCGGGUCCCAAGUAUCUAACCAAGGUCAACAACAAACAGGUUCCGACUCUUCUUCCUCAGACUCUGUAUCUAAAGGAGGCUCUGGGGCUGUCGGUGCCACUAAUGGAGGCAACGGUGGUGUUGCCGUUCCAAGUAGUGACAAAGUUGAGAAUUCUUCUACAAACCUCGUUAAUCAGACGAAGCAGCAACAGGUACAACAACAGUUUCCAAAUGUUUCUCAGAAUUCAGGUAACCCAAACCCGGAUGCUCUUAAUGUACAGCAGAAGAUAUCUGCUAAUUUCCAGAAGAUGAUACAUGAUAAUCAACUUCAAAAGCAGAAUAAUAGUGGUAUGAAUUCUAAUUUGACAAACACGCCAAAUAAGGGUAUCAUCAAUAGAGUAUCCAACAUAUCUGCUAAUGGUACUGUACAGAACGGAGGAAAUUUGCAGGCUGGUAAUAAUAUCAACAGGGGAUCUAGUGGAAGCACCAGUAGCGGCAUUAAUAAUCCUAGACCGAUGAACAAUAUUCAUUCUCAAGUGUCAGCGAUUAUUAGCCGGAUACAAGCGAAGAACCCAAAUUGGACAAAUGAAGAGGUUACCAAAGCUGCUGCUAGGCAUAUUGCAGCAUUGCAAAAUCAAUUGCGGAACAAGAAUUUGGCUUCCAGUGGCGUCAAUUUAACCGCCACAACUGGCGCAGCACCUGCUAUCCCGGUAACUAAUAAUUCCAACAACAUUAAGAGACCUGUCGGUAGUGUAGCUAAUACUGGUGGUGAUCAUGUACAAGGUCAAAUUCCUGCCAAAAUGAAUCAGCAGCCAGACAAAGCAAGCGGCACUCAGGUUCCAACACAACCUAUAUUUAAUAAUUCUAAUAUAGUUAAUAGGAAUAUGCCAUCGGCCACACCAAAUGUGGUUAGCAAUAUGGCUGCCAACAUUCCUAAUAAUUUUUUGGGGGGCAGACUUAAUUUAAAUUCUUUGACUCCUCAACAGCGAAAUAACAUCAUGUUGCAAAUUUUACAGCGUCAGCAGCAACAACAACAACAACAACAACAACAACAACAACAGCAGCAGCAGCAAAAACAACAACCUGUUCCACCCGCUAAUCAAUUGGAACAACAAAAGCGAUUUGAACAAAUUUUGGCUAAUCAGAAACAGAAUCCAAAUGCUCAAGUUCCUAAAGACACUGAAGAUAGUUUAGAGAAGAAUGCUUAA